AUGGAGAAUCUUGAUUCUAGUCGCCAUUUCUCUUACUUGACACUUUGGGAAAGAAAUGACGAGGUUGUAGAUGUAGGAGAUAACAAGAUCACUCAGACUCUGGCUCCCAUUCUACAAGACCUCUGUGCCAAAUAUGGUGAUAUCAGUGCUGAGUCCACCUUAAGACAUCCUGUGAAGACAUAUUACACUAUCAUGUUAUGUGGAACUGUUCAAAGCAUGUGCAACACCAGGAUAGUCGACAUCUCUCAAGAUCUAAUUCUCACUUGGUGGUCCAAUUUAAAAGCUUUGCAGUUUGUUGGAUUCGAAGUCCAGCAUAUCUUUGAUCGGCUGAAGAAAGUUGCACGUCCCUACUUUGGUCUUCGGGUUAAAGAAGAAGUAGAAAAUGGUGCAGCAAAAGUUAAUAAGAAAAUCAUAAAGCUUUCAACAGACAUUGAGGAAUUAACAUGCAAACUAGAGGCACUAAAGCGGAAAAAUGAGGGUAUAAAGUCUCUAGAAUCUUCAAAAAAAUCCAGAUUAAUAGAGGACUGUUUGGAAGAAGCUGAGACGCUGAAGUGGUGGCAUGCAGGUGCAGGUGUGCUUUAA